ACAAAAUAUCACAAUCUUCUAAAGAAUCAAUGAUAUCUCUCCAUACGCCUGAAGCCAUCUGAGUUGCGAUCUGCUGCAAUCUGCUGCAAUUUGUCGCAUCCAAUGCCUCUUGAGAUAGACAAGAUUCUCUUGCUGAGCACUAUCACGUGAUGAUACUCACAUCUGCACUGACCCGGAGGCUUGAAAGUGAUCAAUUGGCGGCAAUAAUCUAGUGGUCCGCCACUAUGGUUUUCACUCCUGAGUCGAUCCCGUCAGGUGCCGUUGCAAGCCUUAAGGACGACUCGGGCAAAUUGUGGACGCCUCUCUACAAUCACAAAUGCUCGUUCCCUCCCGAAAUCUUCAGACAGGUCAUGUUGAACCUAAUUCGAAAUCCAAAUAUCAACUCAAACCAUCUAUUUCGAGCAGACAUAUCAUUUGAUCAACCAUAUUGUGAGCCUUUCUCGAAUUCUUCGGAUCUUCCAGCAAGGAUCACACAUGUCACUGGCUUCGACCUCAAAACUGUGAUGGAAGGAAGUAUUUCCAUACACUACUCUUUCUUUGAGUCCGAACCUCGAUCGGUCAAACUGGAGCGAACAGCUCAGCAUUUAUUAGCUGUCUUGUACAAGCACGGUCAAGGCUUAGCAUCGGGAUACGUCAAACGCGUCCAACAUGAUCUAAUCUUACCACAAGCCACGGUUCAGAACACCUACGCACGGUUGAAGGCAAAAUAUGCUCGGAAGUUGGUGACAGGCUGGGUCGAGACUACAGACCCCGCGAAGCAUGUCUUCGAGGAUCUUGGGAUAGCCGCAUUCUUGAUCGAGCUUUGGGCAGAAAUGUUCAAAGACCAGGAUUUUCCAGGCUUCGUUGAUAUUGGGUGUGGUAAUGGAUUACUCGUUCACAUACUUCUGGAAGAAGGUUACGUGGGAUGGGGAUUUGAUGCUAGGAGACGCAAAUCUUGGGCGACAUUUUCUCAGAACGUGCAAGACAACUUGAAAGAGAUGGUCUUGAUCCCUUCAAUUAUUUCUACGCAACCCUUGAUGGAUGAGACCAGGGAUUGCAGGAAUGACACAUCCCAAAUCACUGCAAGCGCGGAAAUGCAAAAUGUGGGAAUACAAGACGGUCAGUUUCCAAAAAAUACGUUUAUCAUAUCGAACCAUGCGGACGAGCUCACACCAUGGACUCCAAUCCUCGCCACUUUAUCUGAAUGUUCAUUCAUGAUGAUACCUUGUUGCAGUCAUGCUCUCAGUGGUAUUCGAUUUCGAGCUCCCUCUCCAAAGACGUCAGGUCCACCAACUAGCGCAUAUGCCUCUCUUGUGGCAUGGGUUACGAAGCUGGCGACAGAUUGUGGAUGGAACGUUGAGAAAGAAAUGUUGCGAAUACCCAGCACAAGGAAUACCGCGCUGAUUGGAAGGCAUCGCUCUGCACCAUUCGACAGCACGGAUCUUCCUGCUUUGGUGAAUGAGAAUGGCGGUGCUGCGGGCUGGGAAGAAAAUGCUCUGAAGCUGGUGAAGGGUGCGGCUAGAGGUCAUUGA